AUGUCCCUCUUUGCCCGCGACGGCGGUGCAACACUUGGCGUUGGUACCAGCCCUGUCUUGAGUCCCGCGAGGUGGUCUCACAAUGGCCCGCGCCACGGAUUAGCGGACGGAUUCGAGAUGAACGAUGGCGCAUGGCUUCGUUCUAGGACAAGAGGCCUGGAGAAGGGGUCGCUGUUCUCGGGCACAACGCAGCCGUGGAGCAAUCGACCUGAUGUGUUCCGCAGGCCGUCCGACACGCUCCACGGGACUACGCCAGAUGUCAGAGCGCUUAGAUCGCGUAUAAUGGAUUCUCCCGGACAUCUUGGGACAAUAGACGUGCCCCCCUACCUGAGAAGCGUCGAUAACAGAAAGUUAUCGCAUACUCCAAAGCGCGCCACGUUCACAAGUACGGUCUUGUCGCCCAAACGCAACGUCGACCUCCUGGGCGACGACGGAGGGUUCAACUUCAGGUCGCCCAUACUGUCGGGUAAAAGUCGCCUCAAGCGGCGCAGCAGGACGUCGCUCUCGGAUCUUAGGAUUGGAUCUUACGCUCCCUACCUGCAAGAUGCGCAUAGCGUAAACCCACCAUACCGGCCGGAACGCCAUAGCGAUGCACUUGAAACGUAUCGGAUUACUCCGAAGAAGGACCGAAUUAACAUACAUGCCACCGACGACAUACUAAAUCGCAUCAAACGCAGUCUAUCCGAGUGCGAAACCAUAUCCAGACGGCUGGACAAACAGUACGGGACGAAACGUGUACAGCAAACUAGUGCAGAUUACAGCGAACGCGUGUUCCCGAGGGCGUUGGCGGACAACCUGUUUUCGAGUAGAGGCAGCGACACCACAAGUUACCGCAACAGAGUGCACCUCAGCAAGCCGAACUUCACGACGGCAGCUGACGACGUCUACAGGAAGCGCGAACUUGCAGAGCCGGAGAAGCCCAAGAGCGCGCUUACCCGCAUAAUCGACAACAUCAAACGCAUACGAAACCGGGCACUAUUCAGCGACUCCGAUGACUCUGGUGGGAAACGGAAUUUCGUAGAGGUGGAAAAGGAAGUAAUUGAGUCCCCCAUUCUCAGCAGGAGGCAAAGAGCUCUGGAUGUUGACGCUAUACAGCGGAGGAUCAAGCAGCAAAAGCGCAGCCUCAUGUCGCAGCGCCCCUCUGCACGUUUCGAGUGA